AUGGCGGAGGAUAUGUUUGGCGAUGCCUCACUCUUUGACGAAUUCGAAAAAGAACGCGAGUCAAAAGGAAGCUUUAUAUUGUACAAGGUUGAUGAAGAAGGCGUAGAAGACAAAAGUAAAAUACAUUUUCGCAUGGGCGAUUCUGAGGACAGUGAAUCGUCAUCUGACGAUGAUUCCGGCGAAAGUGAAAAUGAAAACAACAAUGAUGCUGGAGAGGAACACGAAGGAGCAUCAAUUCAAGUAGAUCUAGACGACAGCGAUAUUGUAAAUGGGGGGAGACGUACUAAAAAUCGUCAACCCCUAGAUAAGACUACUGACUUUAAGCUGUUACAUGAACGAAAUAAGUUUGAGAGAUAUGCAAGGAUUAUUGACUCUACACGGUUUACAAGUGACACCAACAGUCCAGCUUGUCAGAUCAUAUACCAGAAUAACAACUUCUCAAGGAAGUAUCGUACCUCAAUUGAACAAUACAUAAUGCAUUUAAUCAGACGUGAAGAGCAAAAUAAGAAGGAGAGACUGCCAGACAUACAACUCAAGAGCUCAAAUCUGACUUGUGUAGACCUGAACAGCAAGCUGACUUCUAGUCAACGAACCAUGAAGAUGUGGACUUCUCAUGCGAUCAUUGGAAGCAGUCAGUUCCACAGAGAUUUUGUGAUUGACUCCUUGGGCUGGCCUUUGGUUUCUGAUAAUCCAUCCCUCACAGACAGCUGGGAAGCACCCAAAUAUGAACAGGUAUAUACAGACCCACUCCCAAUUGAAGAGGAGAUGAACAGUGGUGAUAAACCCCCAAGACAAAAGCCUACUUGUUUUAAUUGUUGUGGUGAACACAUGAUAGCUGAUUGUCCAGAGCCAAAAGACUUCACUCGAAUUAGACAGAACAGAGACAAAUUUCGUCAGGACAGUGCGGCACAGAAGCCAGCGUCUACCAGAUAUCACUUGGAUAAAUCUUUCCAGUCUGAAUGUGACAGCAACACUUUUGUACCUGGUGUUAUAAGUGAGGAGCUGAUGAAAGCCCUAGGGAUCACAUCUCGUUACUUGCCGUCAUAUAUUUACAAGAUGAGAGUUUUAGGAUACCCACCUGGCUGGUUGGAAGAGGCCAAAGUGCAAAGCUCGGGACUAAUUUUGUUCGAUGGCGAAGGAAAUGAGGUGGAUGUGAAUGGGGAGAGUAUGGAGGAUGGUGAAGUCAGUGACACAGUUCCUAAUCGUGGUCAGAUAGACCCAGAAAAGAUUAUAGCAUAUCCAGGAUUUACAGUACCUGUACCACAGGACACCAUAGAUGAAUAUGAGGAGCUGGGAGCACCACCCUUGCAGGAACACCAGCUGAAGAGUACUCUAACUGCACAACUGUCUGGCAUGAAGAGGAAGAUGGAAGAGGCAGAAGAAGUUCGAAAGAAGAGGAGAAAAAGGGAGAAAGCUAGCUUGGAGGAGAUGGACCUUUCAGAUAAUGAUGAUGCUCAGAACAUGUCGAUUGACAAUGAUUGCUUUGUUACACCUGACCCGAAAAAACGGAAGAGAUUGCCUGUUCCUGGUGAACCACCUCUGCCACUCAAUACCCCACCAGGCAAACCCCCUAUCCCCAAGGAAACCCCGCCUCCAACUCCAGAAGGAGCUGAAAGACAGAUGUCUGAGGGACGGGAGAAGUCACCUUCAUUGGAGGACCUGGAGCAACAGUAUCAAUUGCUGCAAGAGAAGUUGUGUGAAGCUGAUGGUGAUAAGGAAGGGAAGCUACAGGUGAUGGACAGCUGUGGACCAGAUGAUGAGGUAGUGGAGGAAUCCAACAUUUCUAAAGAACAACUCUCAAAGGUUAGCUCAGUAGAGUCUGGGUCCAGCACUCAGGAACUGUUACAAAGCCAGAUGUCAGGAAUGAGCUCCACUGGUUCAAUAACCUCAUUUGGGGAACUGGGUAGAGGAAGCCCUACUUCUUCACUACCAGGUACACCAGUGGUUGGACCUAGUAGUAGCUUAUCUGACCUUAACUUUGCCUUUAAAUCCGCCACUGGAUCCAUAUCUAGGGAUUACGGUACACCCAUACAAAAGAGACAGGGUGUGGCAAAUGAUCUGCCUGAUGCAGAAAAAUUCGGCGAAGGAAUUAUGGAUCAUAUUCCUUAUGAAAAUCUCCCAGAAGCUACUGGUACUUUUGAAAAAAUGCGUGGACUUAUUGACAGAAUACGCACUAAAGUUAGCCUACGGAAAAAGAAGUCCUGACCAAUCUAGUGAUGUCUAUAUUUCUAGCCUUACCCAUGAAACACUCCUCAUCCCCAUCACAGACAUUGGUAUAUAUUAUACAGAUGAUAAUCAUACACAUUUCGGUCUAUACCAUACCAGUCUUUUUCACGGACUCUAUAGAUAGCUGUCAUCAUCACCAAUCAAAUAGAAAGAGUGAUUUAAUGAGAGAAUAACUUCUAAAAUAUUUCAAGAUGUAUCCCUAUUGUUUAUGAUUUCUAUGUCAUCCCCUUGGAAGUGACAAAUGAUAUAAAAGGAGAAAAAAAUUAAGGAAAUUAGUAUCAAAGGAAUUUAACUUUAUACAGUAGAGAAUACAAAUCCAUAAUCCAUUGCUUCAGAAAAGUCACUCACUAGAUGGAGAAAAUGAUCCUCCUCUACAACAGGUGUUUCAGUCUGAUAAAGCUCAGAUUUUGUAGACUAACUGAUUUUUAUGUGGAAGCAUGUUCUGUAGUUAUAAUAUUUGGAUAUUUUACUGGAUCAUUUAGGUUUUACUGACAGGUUGAACUAGUUUCAUGGUUUUAUGUGUCUAGUCCACUAUCUCUGUCAAACUGGUUUUGUUGAUAAAUAGGCUCUCUGUGUCAUUUCACAUGAAUUAUCAUACAAAAAUUAUAGACUUAUCAUUAAGGAUGUUCUCCUGAUGUUGACCGAAAUUUGGACAAAAUGAAGUUAAGUUCUAAAAUACUCUACUGGAAGAUGGUAAGUGUAAAAAUUUUCAUUUUUUCAAAAAUGUUAUUUUUUGGUUGCUAUGCAGUUUAAGCUUGUUGUAUCAAAUGAAAAUCUGGUAUUUAAUUAAGUAAUACGUUAUUAUCUUUCAACGAAAGACGGAAAAAAAAACAUUAGUCUGUUAUUCAGGAAAAAAUUUCAAAAUCUUAAGUGAAAAUGAAUUAUUUCUUGUAACACAUAUUCUGACAUCUGUAUUGGACAAGGUGCAGCAACAUAUUGCUAUUUUGCUAUUAACUCAUUUUCUAAAAUUCAAGGCUUUAAAAAUUCAUCACCAGAAUGAAAGUUUAACACUGGAAAAUUUCAUGCUUCUCGGAGGAGAACAUAAUUAAAUAUCGGUCAUCUAACAGUAAUAGUAACAGUAAUAGUAAGGUGUUUUAAAGAGGCAAUGAUCAGAUGAAAACAUUAACAUGAAAUUUUCCCAUGAUUAGUUAUUGUAAACAUACUUCAUUUGGUGCAUUCAUAUUUUAGUGCAUUAUCACUUCAUGACAGAUUUGCAGAAUGAUAAAUUUGCAUAUCCAUGAUACUGACUUUAUAAAUAGCAGAUAGAAACUGAUAUUAGGGCAUCUAUAUUUAGCGCAACACUUUCAGCAGGAAAGUGUGAUAAUAAGAUUGCAAUUAUGUACCUAGUUUCUGUGUUGGUUCCAUGAUGUGGUGUGAUGUUUUCAAGUGAAGGUUUAUCAGAUGCUCAUUGAAAAUUUUCAUCAACUCCUCAAUUGAUUCAAAUUGGUAGUGCAGAUAGACAUACCUUAUCAAAGAAUUGCAAAUCUGGAUGAAAUCAGAAAGAUUUUUUUCAGUAUAUUUUUGGAGGUGGGAACAAAUGUUAGGUCUUUUGGGAAUGGACAGUCUCAAAGAGGGAUAUAUUUAACAUUAAUGAAAUAUUUAAAUGUCAUUGUGAUUGACUGUAAAUAUAUUGUGUCAUUUGGACUAUUCAUUCAGGAGUCCAGAGUUUAAGGUCAGUGUAAGACAAAAUAGUGUGAUGUCACAAUUGUUUUGUUGAAGUAAAUGGUAUUUUUUAUAAUGUUAUAUGGGUACUGAUAGUUACAAAUUAUGUUAUCUGAGAAUCUGUAACAUGUUCAAGGGAUCAGUAUUAAAUGGUGAUAAUUUGAGGCCAAAGAAUUUCAAUAUUUACUACCUAUGAAUGACCUUUCAUUAAAUCUUACAAUUUUUUUUGUAAAAUUACAAAAAUAAGAAAAAAAAUAAUACCAACAGCAGCAAUUUUGACAGAGACAAAUUAAUUUUGAAAAUGCUGAGCUUUUAUCAUAUUUUGUGUUUUAACUUUAUUCAUGCAAUGUUCUGAAACUAAUGGCAGCUUAUAAUCAAUGAUAGAUGUUACAUUUUAAACAUUUCCUGAGUGGGUGUUAGACUGUCUUAUUUUAAAGCAUUGGUCUUCAUUCUCAUCACCAGAAAAGGCACAUUUUUGUAUUUUAGGUUUCAAAAAUGAAAUGACGGUAAAAAGUCAUGACGUACCAAUAUAGACAACCCAGAUAAUUAAAUUUUUCAUGUUGUGAUGUCAGUUUCAUGUGUAAUUGUUAGUAUUCAGGAAUAUUGUUUUACUCUUCAAUGGAAAAACUGAUAAAUAUAAUUUGGUAAAAGAGAAAUUUGAUUGUAAUUUACACAAGAAUAUGUUCAAAUUACAGCCAAUGUUGGGACAUUUUCAGUUCAGAAUACCACACUUUCCUUUACCAAAAAGCCCACGACCAAGAGUGGGAUAUUGACUGGGAGAUGCCUUCCUUGACACAUGUGGGAGGGUGAAUACUGAAAUAUUAGCCCCAUCUAUCAAUACAAUUACAUAAUAUAUAUAUUGACAGGUGAGACUUAUACCCCUGUUGUGCCAUGGAUGUUUUAACGAUGUCCUUUUGUGAAGAUAAAAUUUAAAAAUUAGAAUAUUAGUGCAGCAAAAAAAAGUUGGUUCUAUUUUAUUAAAAAAGAUUGGCUUCGAAACAUACCUUAUUUUGUCGCUGUCUGGUUGAAAACAAGAAACAAUUGUUAAGGAUGAAUCUAAUUUUCAAUCGGAAUCAUGUUGGCUGCUCUUCAAUUUACGAUUACUUUGUUUUUAAUGAUAAGGUAUUCAAAGAUAAAGAUAGGUGAUGUACUCAUUGGCAAAAUUGUUAACAUGAUCUGUGAAAGCGUUGAUGUAGUGAAUGACAUAACAUUUGCUAUUGUAGAAUAUCUCUAUUGUGAUGUUGUUUUUAUAUAGAACACAAAAAUGAUACAAUUAAAAAGAUACA